UCAGAGCGAUUACAUGUUUUGUUAAUGUCCAUGGGCUGUUAGCAUAUUUUUCCAAACCUUUUGAACUCUUCCUUCUCUCUGCCCUCUAUUCUUUGGUUCUGCUCAGACAGCAUACUUUCCCUCGUCUUUUCUCUCUUUUCUUUUUUGGAAGUUGCUCUGGUCCAAAUGUGUGACGCGUGAUUGGAGUUACAGCCUGUGUUUCAGAUCGGUGAUUUAAGGACUUGCGGACUAAUGAAGGAGAGGAUGUUUUCUUGACCUGUCAAUGGGACUACCGGGCUGAAGGUGUAAACAAGUUGAACUGCUGGUAUUUAGGCUUGACGCUGUGUGUUUUGUCCUCAUAUGGUAGCAGGGCGGACAGAGAGAACAGAGAGAGAGAGGGAGAGCGUGGUGAGGGUGUGUACGUGUGUGUUUGGAAGAGAGAAACAGACUGACAGAAACAGAGAAGGUAUACUGUACUGUGUGCGAGAGAGAGAAGAAGGAGAGAGUAACUGUAAUCUGGAUCUAUUGCACAUGGACAGAGAGAGUUAGAUGAGCUACUAACUAGAACACGUAGGGAGUCUUCCUGACGUGGAGGGAGGACCACUGACUCCAGAGGCACCAAGGACCAGAGAGGGAGAUCAGCAAACACUAAGCUAGGACAGGAUGAGGUACCGAGGCAAGGAGGUGGGUGGUGAGGGCAGAGUUAAUCUAGUCAUGGAGAGUACUCUGACAGCGCGGGACAGGAUGGGGGUGCAGGACUUUGUCCUGCUGGAGAACUACACCAGCGAGGCGGCCUUCAUUGAAAACUUGCGCCGACGUUUUGGGGAGAACCUCAUUUAUACCUACAUAGGGUCAGUGUUGGUGUCAGUGAACCCCAACAAGGACCUGGAGAUCUACUCCAAGGUGCACAUGGAGCGCUACCGAGGGGUCAGCUUCUACGAGAUAUCACCCCACAUCUUUGCGGUGUCAGACAACACGUACCGGGCCAUGCGGACUGAGAGGAGGGACCAGUGUAUCCUGAUCUCUGGGGAGAGCGGAGCAGGGAAGACUGAGGCCUCCAAGAAGAUCCUCCAGUACUACGCCACUACCUGCCCUGUCACUGACCACAUGAGUACGCUCCGGGACCGCCUGCUGCAGUCCAACCCUGUUCUGGAGGCCUUUGGGAAUGCCAAAACAUUGCGAAAUGACAAUUCCAGCCGUUUUGGCAAAUACAUGGAUGUCCAGUUUGACUUCAGGGGGGCGCCGAUAGGAGGCCACAUCCUCAACUACCUGCUGGAGAAGUCCCGUGUGGUGCACCAGAACCAUGGAGAGAGGAACUUCCAUAUUUUCUACCAGCUGCUCGAGGGAGGAAAACAGGACCUUCUCAGCAAGCUGGGCCUGGAGAGAAAUGCCCAGAAAUACCAAUACCUGGUCAAGGGUUGCUGUCCUAGGGUGAGCUCCAUCAAUGAUAAGAAUGACUGGAAAACAAUGAGGAAGGCCCUGACUAUCAUCGGCUUACAUGAGGAUGAGGUGGAGGAUCUGUGGAAUAUAAUUGCCAGUGUCCUCCAUCUUGGGAACACUCAGUUUGGAGAAGGAGAGAAUGGGGAAAACCAGAUCACCACUGAGCCACAGCUCAAAUACCUGUCGAAGGUUGGAACUAUGAAGAUGAACGAUACCCUCCUCCCCCCAACAAACACACACACACACAAACACACGCACACACACAUAUUCCCCAUUCUAAAGGCAGAUGUUGAUGUUGUCCUGCUUGUUCUGCAGCUGCUGGGUGUGGAUGGAGCAGCAUUGAGAGAGGCUCUCACUCAUAAGAAACUCACUGCCAAAGGGGAGGAGAUGAUAAGCCCGUUGAGUUUCGAGCAGGCUGUGGCAGCCCGUGAUGCCUUGGCCAAAGCGGUGUACGGCCGUACCUUCACCUGGCUGGUGGUGAAGAUCAACCAGUCUCUGGCUUUCAAGGAUGAAGUGUACAACAGCAGUAAAGGCUCAUCAUCAGUCAUAGGACUGCUGGAUAUCUAUGGCUUUGAGGUUUUCCAGCACAAUAGUUUUGAGCAGUUCUGCAUCAACUACUGCAAUGAGAAGCUACAGCAGCUGUUCAUUGAGCUCACCCUCAAGUCUGAGCAGGAGGAGUACAAGGCAGAGGGCAUCACAUGGGAGCCGGUGAAGUACUUCGACAACAAGAAUAUCUGUGACCUGGUAGAGGAAAAGCACAAAGGCUUCAUCUCCAUCCUGGAUGAGGAGUGUUUGAGACCAGGAGAGCCCAGCGAUAUCUCCUUCCUCAAGAAGCUUGAGGACACUUUGGGAGGCCAUGCACAUUUUGUCACUCACAAGUUGGCGAAUGGGAAGACUCGCAAGGCGGUGGGCAGAGAGGAGUUCAGACUGAUUCAUUAUGCAGGAGAGGUCAACUACACUGUCAAUGGGUUUCUGGACAAGAACAAUGACCUUCUCUACAGAAACCUGAAAGAGGUCAUAUGCCAGUCAGAUAACCAGGUCCUGAGUCAGUGCUUCCACAGAGAGGAAGUGACUGACCAAAAACGCCCAGAAACAGCUGCCACUCAGUUUAAGAACAGCCUGGCCAAACUGAUAGAGAUCCUGAUGUCCAAGGAGCCAUCCUAUGUGCGCUGUAUCAAACCCAACGAUGCCAAGCAGUCAGGGAGGUUUGAUGAGGCUCUGGUCAGACACCAGGUCAAGUAUCUGGGUCUGAUGGAGAACCUGAGGGUCAGGAGAGCUGGGUUUGCCUACCGCCGAUGCUACGAAGCCUUCCUACAGAGGUACAAGUCUCUGUGUCCCGGGACGUGGCCUAACUGGGAGGGCAGACUGGCUGAUGGAGUAACCACACUGGUCCAACACCUGGGCUACAAACCAGAGGAAUACAAACUGGGCAAGACCAAGAUCUUCAUCCGCUACCCUAAGACUCUGUUCAGCACUGAAGAUGCCCUGGAGGCCAGGAGGCCUGCCCUUGUUCUCACCCUACAGACCUCAUGGAGGGGUUACAGAGAGAGGGCCAAGUACCACCGCAUCAGACAGGCAGUUCUAGUGAUCCAGUCUGCGUGGAGAGGGAUGAAAUCCCGCCAGAGGACCAGGCGUCGCAGACACGCUGUGGACAUCAUACGCAAGUUCAUCAAAGGCUUCAUCUACCGCCACUACGAGCACUGUCCAGAAAACGAGUACUUCCUGGACCAUCAGCGUUUCUCCUUCCUGAUGACGCUGGUUAGGAACCCGCCUAAGAGUGUCCUGGACAAGAGCUGGCCCAUCCCCCCACCUAGCCUCACUGAGGCAUCAGAGCACCUGUGCAUGCUGUGUAUGCAGAACAUGAUGCGGGCCUACUGCAGGAGGAUCCAGCCGGAGUGGAAGAAACAGAUGGAGCAGAAGGUGUUAGCCAGUCAGAUAUUCAAGCACCAGAAGGACAGCUAUCCCCAGAGUGUCCCUAAGCUGUUUGUGGCCUCCAGACUAAACAGUGAGGAGUUCAAAGUGAUACCGACUCUGGGCAAUGACAAAGUGAAGUAUGGAGUUACGGUGACUAAGUAUGAUAGGAGGGGUUACAAGGCGCGGCCUCGCCAGCUGCUCCUCACCUCCUCCUUCGCCAUGCUGGUGUCCGAAGCCAAGCUGAAGCAGAGGAUCGACUACGCAGCCCUGAGGAGCAUCUCUGUGAGUUCUCUCAGUGAUGGUUUCAUGGUUCUGCACGUGGCCAGUGAGGACAACAAGCAGAAGAGUGAUGUGGUGCUCCAGUGUGAUCAUGUGAUCGAGGUGGUGACCAAGCUGGCCACUAUGGCGGACAAGAAGAACAAGGUCAACAUGAGCCAGGACAGUAUUACAUUUGCGGUGGCUCGGGGGAAGGAGGGGGUCAUUGACUUCACCAGUGGACCAGAGCUGAAGGUGGCCAAAGGCAAGAAAGGACACCUGCUAGUGAUUACGAGCGAGCAAGAAAGAGAGGGUUGAGUCAUUUUCUGUAUUGCGGAAGAAGGCUGUUUCAUCACAGUCUUAUGCAGAGAGUGGCAGGUGGUUGCUGUUUGGCAUACUCACCAUUAUUUCACUAUGAUAGAAAGAGCAGAGAGGAGUUUCUGUCCUGCCGAUCUCCUGGUGAUCCCCAUGAAUCAGCUGCCUGGAGGGGGACUGCCCUGGGAAUGUCUCAGAGAACAUCAUCAGUACCAUUUUGGGCAUGCUUUGCUGGUGACAGUGUCAGUGAUUUAUUUAGAAUUCAACACACACUUAACCAGCAUGGCUA